ACUUUUCGAAGUUCGAGCGACAACUUUGCUUACGCUAGUGCUCAGUCGGUUUUAGUUCUGUCGGAGUAAAGCAGCAACGUUCGCAAGUGGAACGUCAAGAUAGAAACUUGUAGUGCCAAAAUAUAAAACAAAAUGUCCAACUUGAAGCGUUUCGAUGACGAGGAGCGUGAGUCCAAAUAUGGCCGCGUCUUCGCUGUGUCUGGCCCUGUCGUCACCGCCGAGGCUAUGUCCGGCUCUGCUAUGUACGAGCUGGUGCGUGUCGGCUACUAUGAGCUGGUGGGUGAGAUCAUUCGUCUGGAAGGUGACAUGGCCACCAUUCAGGUGUACGAGGAAACCUCCGGUGUCACUGUCGGCGAUCCCGUGCUGCGCACUGGCAAGCCUCUCUCCGUGGAGUUGGGUCCCGGUAUUAUGGGCAGCAUAUUUGAUGGUAUUCAGCGGCCAUUGAAGGACAUUAACGAGCUCACCGAAUCCAUCUACAUUCCCAAGGGUGUCAAUGUGCCAUCUCUGUCCCGUGUGGCCAGCUGGGAAUUCAAUCCCCUCAACGUUAAGGUCGGCUCUCACAUCACCGGAGGUGAUCUCUAUGGUCUGGUCCAUGAGAACACCCUGGUCAAGCACAAGAUGAUUGUCAACCCACGUGCCAAGGGUACAGUGCGUUACAUUGCCCCCUCGGGCAACUACAAAGUCGAUGAUGUUGUCCUCGAGACUGAGUUCGAUGGCGAGAUCACCAAGCACACUAUGUUGCAAGUGUGGCCUGUGCGUCAGCCACGUCCCGUCACCGAGAAGCUGCCCGCCAAUCAUCCCCUGUUGACCGGCCAGCGUGUGCUCGACUCUCUGUUCCCUUGUGUCCAGGGUGGUACCACCGCCAUUCCCGGUGCCUUCGGUUGUGGCAAGACUGUCAUCUCCCAGGCCCUGUCCAAGUACUCCAACUCCGAUGUCAUCAUCUACGUCGGUUGCGGCGAGCGUGGUAAUGAGAUGUCUGAGGUAUUGCGUGAUUUCCCCGAGCUGUCUGUUGAAAUCGAUGGCGUCACUGAGUCCAUCAUGAAGCGUACCGCGCUGGUGGCCAACACCUCCAACAUGCCUGUCGCUGCUCGUGAAGCUUCCAUCUACACUGGUAUCACUCUGUCCGAAUACUUCCGUGAUAUGGGUUACAACGUCUCCAUGAUGGCUGAUUCCACCUCCCGUUGGGCCGAAGCCUUGCGUGAAAUUUCUGGUCGUCUCGCUGAAAUGCCUGCCGAUUCCGGUUAUCCAGCCUAUUUGGGUGCCCGUCUCGCCUCCUUCUACGAGCGUGCCGGUCGUGUCAAGUGCUUGGGUAACCCUGAGCGUGAGGGUUCCGUCUCCAUUGUCGGUGCUGUGUCGCCACCUGGUGGUGAUUUCUCUGAUCCCGUCACCUCUGCCACUCUGGGUAUUGUCCAGGUGUUCUGGGGUUUGGACAAGAAGCUUGCUCAGCGCAAACAUUUCCCCUCCAUCAACUGGCUCAUCUCAUACUCGAAGUACAUGCGUGCUCUGGAUGAUUUCUAUGACAAGAACUUCCCCGAGUUUGUGCCCCUGCGUACCAAGGUCAAGGAGAUCCUGCAGGAGGAAGAGGAUCUUUCCGAAAUCGUGCAGUUGGUCGGCAAGGCCUCGCUGGCUGAGACCGACAAGAUCACCCUUGAGGUGGCCAAGCUGCUGAAGGAUGAUUUCUUGCAACAGAACUCCUACUCGUCGUACGAUCGUUUCUGCCCCUUCUACAAGACCGUCGGCAUGUUGAAGAACAUCAUCGACUUCUACGACAUGGCCCGUCACUCUGUGGAGUCGACGGCUCAGUCCGAGAACAAGAUCACCUGGAAUGUCAUCCGUGAGGCUAUGGGCAACAUUAUGUACCAGCUGUCGUCCAUGAAGUUCAAGGAUCCCGUCAAGGAUGGUGAGGCCAAGAUCAAGGCUGACUUCGAGCAACUGCAUGAAGAUUUGCAACAGGCCUUCAGAAAUUUGGAGGAUUAGAGCGCAUUGGCCGUACUUUUACACCCUAAUCUUAUAUUGUUAUGUAGUUAACUUUUAAAUAUGGCAACAACAAAAACACGUUCAUAUUGCUGCGUACAGUUCCGUCAAAAAAAUAAUUCCGUGCAACAAAAGAAGAUUCCACAAAAAAACAAAAAAAAAAGAUAGUGAAAAAAAUGUAACGAGAGAAAAAAACAAGAA